CAAGCCUGAAUCCCUAAUCUCCUUCUCAUCAGCACAAUGCCUUGAUCCUUCCCUAACUCAAUAACUCCAGUGGCACAAGAAUCCAAUAGCUGACAAACGAAAGAGAGAGAGCCAACAGCGCUGGAUCUUUGGAUUAUUUCCAAAUCCGGCCCAUGCCCACCCCUACAUAAAUAUCAUCAUCCUUUUCGUUUUCCUUUUGACCUUUCAGUCCCAAUUUGUUGUCGCAGCAAACGAAGAAAAGAGCCACAAAAACCCAAGCUCCAGUCAUAGCUCGCUACGCGAAGGGAUACGUAUCACUUGGUCGUCGUCGCUGCCCUGCACUCGAGCUCUCAGAUCAGGUGGAGAAAUGUACGGAUAUUCUCUCUCUUCUUCCAUUCGUCGCCGAGCUACGACGGUUCGUUCUCUGAUUUCUCUCUUUGGGGCCAAACCCGUAUCGCUUCUACAAUCCCAUGGCCGCUUUGGCCAGCUCAGUGCUGCCCCGAGAUUGGAAGAAGCCAAGCCAUUCUCUACAGAUACGCCACGAGUAGCACCCGGUUGUGUCGAGAGUAUUUGUGGUGGUUCUCAUUCUUGUGAGAAUUUUGCAAGAGGUGGAUUUGCUGGAACUUCAGGACUGAGUUUUGGUUUGAUGAAUGCAAGAAAGAAUUUCUCUGCUCCCUAUGCUUUGAGUUUUCGGAGCUGCAUAUUUUCUUCCAGUCGAAACAAUAUUGAGACUGGGGGGAAUUCUAGGUCCAUGAACUUUGUUAGGGGAAUUAUAGAGGAAGAUGGGAAGGACAUCAUGGGGGGUUCUCUACUCUCUCGAAACAAUGUUGAGCAAAAUGCUGAUAUUGUCCACAUAAAGCUGCUGCGUAACAAUACUUUUGUUACAGUGACGGAUUCUAAAGGGGACACAAAAUGCAAGGCCUCUGCGGGAUGUUUGCCAGAAAUGAAAGGGGGAGCUAAACUGUCUCGAUAUGCUGCUGAAGCAACUUCGGAACACGUAGGACGAAUGUCCCGAAGUAUGGGGUUGAAAUCAGUUGUAAUGAAGGUGAAAGGGUUUACUUAUUUUAAAAAGAAAAGGCAAGCAAUCAUGAGCUGGAGAGAGGGCUUCACUAAUUCUCGAGCGGAUCCGAAUCCAAUUGUAUACAUUGAAGACACAACUCGUCGUCCUCAUAAUGGCUGUCGGCUCCCAAAAAAGCGCCGUAUUUAAACAGUGGUAGUCUGGAUGGUGAAUACUGACAGAGAGCAUUAGGAUGAGGAAUUUGUUCAGUACUAGCUGAGCUUAGUGGUGCAAAUAAACUUCUGCAAGAUGUCUUGGAUGUACUUAUUUUUUUUUGAAGAUUGAAUUCAUUUUGAUUUAGUUGCAAAAUUGACAUCACUUGUUUAGUUCACAUAAAGUCAUUUUGUCUUGCUUAUUAUGAUAAUGUGGUUUAUGAAAA